AUGUCUCUCAAGGUCGGCGACUCGUUCCCUGAGGGGGUUAUCUUCUCCUACGUCCCCGUCCAGCCUGAGACGUCCGAGUUCACCGCCUGCGGUAUUCCCGUCAACUACGACGCCAGCAAGGAAUUCGCCAACAAGAAGGUCGUCCUCGUCGCCGUCCCCGGCGCCUUCACCCCGACCUGCUCCGCCGCCCACGUCCCCUCGUACCUCGCCAACCUCGACGCCCUCAAGGCCAAGGGCGUCGACCAGGUCGUCUUCAUCGCCUACAACGACGCCUUUGUCAUGAGCGCCUGGGGCAAGGCCAACGGCGUCAAGGACGAGUACAUCCUCUUCGCCUCGGACGCCGGCGCCGCCUUCUCCCAGAGCAUCGGCUGGACCCUGGGCGAGCGCACGGCGCGCUACGCCCUCGUCGUCGACCACGGCAAGGUCACGUACUCUGAGCUGGAGACGGAGAAGGGCAGCAUUGCGCUAACGGGCGCCGAGGGCGUCUUGUCGAAGCUCUGA